AUGGAUUCCAGUUCCACGCACCAUCAAAAACAGAAGCUAUAUCAAAUCUUGAUGCUGCCAUGGUUAGGACAUGGUCAUGUAUCCCCUUUCUUAGAGCUUGCCAAAAGACUAGUAGCCAUGAAGAACAAAAAUUUCCAAGUUUUCAUGUGCUCCACUCCAGCAAAUUUAGCUCCCUUCAAGCAGAAAAGCACUGCAGAUAAUGAUGAUAACUUGAUUCAAUUCAUUGAUCUUCACCUUCCUUCCAGCUCAGAACUCCCACCUGAUCAACAUACCACCAAGAAUCUCCCACCACAUCUCAUGCCUGUUCUGAAAACUGCCUUUGAUGAAGCAAAAGAUAACUUCCAUGGCAUCCUUAGGGAACUGAAACCUGAUAUUUUGAUUUAUGAUUUCAUCCAGCCUUGGGCUGCACUAGUGGCUCAACAAGAGAGCACCCCAGCUGUGCUUUUCUUGACUACUUCUGCAGCCAGUUCUGCCUUCAUUUAUCACUCUGCCGAAUUUGAUGAUGAUUAUCCCAUCCCCGGGUUGGAAUUCGUGGCGAAUCCACGAGGAGAGCUCCUUAAGUUCCUGUAUGAUGUAUCCAAUGGGUUGACAAACAAGGAAAGAUAUUUCCAGUGCAUUGGAAGUUCGUGCGGAAUCAUACUUAUUAAGACCUUGAAUGAGAUUGAAAAAAACCAUAUCGAUUACCUGUCUAGGUUGGUAAGAAAAGAUAUUGUCCCUGUAGGUCCUUUAGUUCAAGGACCCGAGAAUAAAUCUAGUGAUGAAUCCUUCCUAAAAUGGUUGGAUCAGAGGAAGGAUUCCAAGGCCGUUUUUGUUUCGUUUGGGACAGAAUACUUUCUGUCAAAGGAAGAGAUUGAAGAGGUUGCUUAUGGGUUGGAGCUCAGCAAUGUGAGCUUCAUUUGGGUACUUAGGUUCCCUGGAAGUGCUAAUGUCCCCAGAGAGCCUGGGAAGUUGUACAGGAAGGAAGACGUAGCCAGGGUGAUUAGAGAAGUUGUUGCGGAAGAAAAGGGAGAUAAAGUGAGAAAGAAAGUGGAAGAAAUGAGCCGCACAAUAAAGGAGAAAGGUGAUCAAGUCAUUGAUAAUGCAGUGGAGAAACUUGUACAGCUUGUUGAAGAUAAGCCAUGA